AUGAAAGCCAAACCCUCCUUAAAAUCGCAAAAAUCUCCCAAUUCAUCAUCAUUCCCCUUAUUAACAUUUACCAACACAAUUAACAAUAGAAAUAAGCUUAAUAACUUGUUUAUUGAAGAGGAGGAAUUACAGGAUAUCACCCCUUCAAUGUUAAAAAACAAACCUCCAAUCUCGAAUGAAUACAAUGACUCAUCUAAAUAUGAUAAUACUAGUACUUGUAGUAGUAGUAUUAGUAGUGUAAUAACAACAAAUUCAACAUUGGCCAAAAAACCAACCUCACCCUCAUUCGCUAAGAGAUUUCUCAAUCAAUUCUCCCUCCCGAAUUUAUUAUCCACCCCAACAAAAACCAAUGAAAAAUCAAUAAGAACACCUCCUCCCAAUUUUCCUCGACAUUAUGCUCACUUUGAUUCACCAGAUAUUGUCGAUUCAAUGGAAGUGAGACCUUCAUCUGUUAGAGGUUCAAAAGAUAACAGAAACCCUCAGCAAAAUACCCCUACCAUUGCUGGGGAUGAGAAGAACUUCUCCACUAUCACACACGAAGAGACACUGAAAAGAAAAAUCAACAAUUCUUCACCACUCUCAUCAUCAAUAAUUGAUAGCAUUGGUAUUGGUCAAUUAAAUUCUGAUCGCUCACUUCUUCCUCUUGAAAGCCAACGAGCCAAGAGUAAUAGUCGGACACACGAAAUACCAAUAAGCAAAAAACAAUCAUUACAAUCAUCAUUGUCAAAUUUGAAGGAAGCUCUUUUAAAGGUUGAUGAUUGUUGUGAAAGGGAUUGUAAUCAUAAAACAUCAUCAAAUCACCAAGAAGAAGAAACAAAACAAUAUCAACCAUUAGAUUCUUCCUAUUGUUGGUGUGAUAGGUCAAAUCUAUUAAAUUGUAGUUGUGGUAGCACUGGUAGUCAUCAUCACAACAUCAACAAUUCAACUAGUAUUGACAAUAAUAUUAUUAAUAUUAGUAAUACUUUAGGAACAACAAAUACUACUGCUUUUAUUUUCUCUCCGUCAAGAGAAGCAUUAUUUCAUCAAUUUAAACACUACAAUAUUAAAUCACUCUUGAAUACUCCUUCUUCACUAGCAUCAAAAUCGGUAGAUAAUUUAAUUAAUUUAAUGACUGAAAGUGAAGCACAUUCAAGUAGUAGUACCACCACAAAUAACAAUUCAACAAGUGGCAGUACUGCCACUCAACAGCAGCAACAACAGGAUAAUCAAUCAUCAUCAGUGCUUUUGGAAAAUUUAUGUAGUAGAUAUAGACGAAUAAUAGAAGAUGUUUGCAUUCUUUCAUUGAACACUACACAGAUAAACGAAAUAAUACAAACCAAGUUUGGUGAAUGUUUAAAAGCUACAUUAGAAUCUCCACCAUCAACUCCCUCUUCACCAGCAGAAGAAGAAGAAAAGAAUGCUGUGGAAGAAACUGCCAACAACAAACCAUCCAAUGUAAUUAUUCAUGUAAAAAGAGAGGCAACACUGAUUGACAAUUAUCCGAAAGAGAAGAAGAAGAAAUCGUCUAAUCAGUCUUCCGAGCAGCAUCAACAACAUUUUCAGGAGGAUUCUUUUCUGGGUGGCUCAGAUUUGACACCACUGAGCUUGCAAUUUUUCACAUUUCCAAAUGAUAUUAUUGCACAAUUAAUUGCAUGCAAAAAGUCAAAUGACAGUCCCCUGUUAGAAGAUCAAGACAAUAAUAAUGAGAAUAGUCAGGAAAAUACUUCUUCACCAUUAGAAUUCGAGUUAAAGUGUAUCGAUGCUAGGAAACAUACACUGCUGAAAGACAUAUUUUCUGGAGAGGAACAACUUGAAUCAUUGGAAAAUAACAAUUCCAAUGAUCAGGAAGAGGAUCAAGAGGAGGACUAUGAAAAUUUCAUUGAACAGUCCAAAAUUCACCCUCCAGCUCGAUCCUAUCACACUUUUAUCAAUACGGAUGCAUAUGGAUUUAAAUAUUAUGGAUUUUGUUAUACUAAAUUUUUCACAUACCGAGUGUGUAAUGUGACAAGAGAUGGAAAACCAAUCCAUAAUGAUAAUGUAGAGUUUUUCAUUAGAUAUCCAUCAUGUAUUUGUAUCCUUUCUAGAUAUGCCUUCCAUUCUACCUUUUUAAAAUUCUACUCUUUCCUAGAUCAAUAUUUGUUCGAAAAUAAUGAUGGAUUCUUUUGUAGCGAUUGUGGAUAUUUCACUUUCAAUGAGGAAUUAUUGAAAUACAUGUACGAUUUUUUCAAUAAUACUGAUCCGAAUGCUACGCCUGCCACUCCCUCUGGUUUGGACAUGAAUUUGUCACUGCCAGCUCUUUAUGAUAAGCUAGUUGUACAUUUCCCUUCUAUGGCUAUCACAUCUCCUUCUGACUAUGUAUUCACAUCAAAAACCUCCACAGAUCCUUCCAGUAAUUGUAUUAAUGAAGUGAAAGUUGAAUUUGACAAGAUGCUCUUUGUGGGCACAAAAGAAGAACACUUCAAAGAGGCAAGCCCAAUCGAUAAACAUCACCAUCAACCUUCCUCCCCUAAUAGUAAUUCCCCUAGUGAUCCUUUUGAUGAUGCCUCCAAAUCAACCGAAAAAGCUCCCAAUUUUCCAAUGUGUGACUUUGAUUACUCAAUUCUGACAACAUGUUUGAGUAUUGACAAUAUUAUAACAAUUGUAAAUUACCUUUCCCUAGAAAAAUCCUUAAUCUUCCACAGCGUUAAUUUAUACAGAAUGGUAAUGGUAAUGGAGAGUUUGAGACAUUUAAUUUAUCCUUUCAGAAUGACCUCAAUCUACAUUCCAAUUGCCCACGAAAAAAUCAUCAACUUUUUAGAAGCACCUUUCCCCUAUAUGGUUGGAACACAUAGUGAAGUCAUGUGGAACCAUUUUAGAAUUGGAUUCGAGAAGAAAUCAUCACCAUUCAGAAGAACUCUCUGUUCACAAUUUGAGGCACCCUCCUCUUCACAUAAAGUGAACGUUCUCAAUCUGAAUGAAACCAAAUUUUCAAACAAGGACAAUAUGGACUAUGAAAUGAUUAAUAUUCCAGAAGGAGUUUGUAUUGUAAACUUGGAUGAAGAUGUUAUCAGAUUUGUUGGAGAAGAGAGUGAUGUAUUAUCAUCAAAGAGUCAGUGGAAAUGGUCUAGCGCUCUAAUGCAGUACAUUAAAGACGCAGUUGAAAAGAGUAGAUCUAAUUUUGAAAAGAGCAAUAGUGAAUAUAUGAAUCAAAUCAUCAAGAAGAGAGACGCUCAAAUUCCCUCCCUCACCAGGAGAGGCAGUAGCUUCUUCUUCAAGGGCAGAAAGAAGGGUUCCUCAACUUUUAUCAAAAAUUCACCCUCAGUGAAGAAUAUUCUCGAGUCGUCUGAGGAAGUUGAAGUGACUGGAAAGGAUCCACUCUCGAGUGGCUUAUUUUCUCCAUCAGCAAAUAGCAAUGAUCAUUAUUUGAACCCUUCUCAAACUAGAAAAAGAUCUGCAGCAGUUAGACCACUUGCAAACCUCACUCAGAAAGAGCCACCACCAACCUCCACCCUUACCACUCCAAGACUUUCAAUUUCAAACUCUCAAGCAAUCAUUUCUAAAAGGAAAAAGUCAGUAAUGGCUGUUGCUCAGGAAAAUCAAGUGAGUCCACUUCUUACAGUUCACCCAAUUAGAGAAAUAUUCUUGAAUGUAUUUAUUAGAUUACUUACUUGUUAUGAAAUAUUUAUUCAAUUUGACAAGUUUGAUCCAAAGAAUGAUAUGAAUAUGACUGACAUUUUUAAUAUUGACAAGUUUUUGAGUCUUGAUAAUUAUGGAGGUUUUACUCCAGGAUCUUCCCAAGUAUCUCAAAAUUUUAACCCAUUCCAAUUGAAGGACAAGACCAUCAAUAAGAAAUUAUUGAUGGCUCUAACUCAUUAUGGAAAUUAUGGUGGUCAUGUAGAUUCUGUAUUUCUCCGAGAAUUCUUUAAAACUCAAAUAUUCCACUACUUUAUCCAAAAGAAAUGCGAGCUCUUUUGGAAUAUUAGUAAUUCCUUCAAGUCAAACACCCCAGAGGGAAAUAUGCCAAUGAAGAGAACAGACUUUGCACAAUCACUUCCUGAUCUAUUCGUUCAACAUGACAAUAUGCUCGAGCAAAACAAGCAAUUGUCAGAGCAUGUUCUUGCUUCAACAGUGACCAAUACUUUCUACAAACUCUUUGAUUACAAGAUGCAACAAUCUACUGAAAGAUUUUCACUCAAUCUCUCCCUGAUGCAAACCUCAUACAGAAGAUCAUUCCUCUAUAAACGAGGACGUUUCAGAAAGUCAUGGAAGAAGAGAUUCUUUGUUUUGAGAGAUGACAAUACAAUGCUUUACUAUGAAGGAGCAGAAGAAACUCAACUCAAAGGUUCAAUCAAGUUGACUACCGAUGGAUUGACAAAGGUUUUCUCUGUCAAGGUCAAUGAAAAGCGCAUCUUUGAAAAGAAUAGUGAAUCUGAAGAUGAUUCAUACUUUACAUGGACAAAGAGCCAACAACUCGAACUUGCUAGUUUAUUGAAAUUUGCUAGAGCCAUGAAUCAAUCAGAGGAUUCUGGAAGUGCUACCAAUAAUAAUGAGGAAGAGGGAGUUCCUUCCACCUCUGAACAAUUCCCAACACCUUAUGUUUUUGUGGUAUUUGUGCCGGGUGGUAGAUUGCUCUACUGUUGUGCUGAAAGUGAAAAAGCCAGAGAAGAAUGGAUCAAAGUUUUGAGAGCCAAGGUUAUGCAAUCAAAUGUUACUUCCUCACUUCAGGAUUAUCUCAACAGAUUGAAAUGGCAACAAAGCAAGAAGAAUUUCAACAAGAAGAUUAUUAUCAAUAGUGUUGGACAUAUAAUCAACCAUCAACCAAGUACUUCAUCUAUUUCCCAUAUCCAAUCAUCUCCCAAUUUAGUGAAUUCACCAACAUCACCAGUCACUGCUAUUCAUCAACAACCUCUUGUUUUACACAAAAUAUUUGAUUUUGUACCAAUUGCUUUUAGAAAUUCCAGCGAGCGUUACAAGGAAAGAAAUGCAGACCUUGACAUUCAAAGUAUCAGUACAAGAAUGCCUCUAGAGGAGUUCACACUAAGAUCUUGUCUUGAAGUUAUAAAUUAAUUUAUUCUCUAUUU